CGACACGCUUCAGUCAUCACAGAAAGAAAAGUGGGAAGAACAGGCGGCUUGGCCGGCACUGAGAAAGGAUGGCGGCGGCCGUCGCGUUGGCGAGGCCUCUCCGGCGACUCCCCCACUUCCCUUCCCGGCGCCGCGCUGUUUCCACACCGCUCCACUUCUUCGCUCGAGGGCGGUGUGGCGUGGCCCUCGCCGUCGCGCCGGCCGCGGUCGGCGAUUCAUCUGCCAAGGGGAGCGUGCACAGGCAUGUAAUCGAGGAAGUCAUGGACAUUCUGGAUAUGGCACAAAUGGCUUCCCAACGAAGAGAUGUCUUCCACACCAGUUUUCUUACUCCGCCUAUCAUAAAGGAGGCUAUGCUGGCAAUCGAGAAGUUAGCUGAUAUCAAAGCAGUAGCUCAGGGGGGUUAUCCACAGGCUGAGCGGUGCCGAAUUUCAGUUGGACAUCCAGACUCUAUGAGAAGUAACCCAGAUGUAGUUGCUGCUUUGAGCAUAUCCGGAAACUUCCGAUUGGAACCCUGUUCUCAUGGUGACUUUCUCGGUGCUAUUCUUGGGGCAGGAAUAACAAGGGAGAAAGUUGGAGAUAUACUUUUGCAGGGGGAAAGAGGUGCUCAGGUCAUUGUUGAUCCAGAACUUGUUGAUUAUCUGACUUCCACACUAGAAAAGGUGGGGAAAGUUGGUAUUUCAUGCACCCAGAUUCCAUUGCUUGCUAUAGAGUAUGAGCCACCAAGGACCAAAUCUUCUAAAACUGUAGAAUCAUCACUUCGGGUUGAUGCUGUGGCCAGUGCAGGAUUUAAAAUCUCACGCACAAAGCUUGGUAGCAUGAUGAGUUCUGGUGAUGUCCGUGUGAAUUGGUCAGUGGUUACGAAAAGUGGAGCUACCCUCAAAGCUGGAGAUGUUGUUUCUGUCAGUGGGUUGGGGAGAUUGAAGAUUGGAGAAAUCGAGACUACGAAGAGAGGCAAAUAUGUAGUUCAGCUGAUUCAAUAUCUGUAGGUCCAUGAACAAUCAACUGUUCGCUCAACAAUACCUGUCUCAGAUGAAUGGUAGGCAGUUUGCUUAUACUUGUACAUCCAUGUGUUUUGGAUGUAUUGAUGAAGUAAAUGAUAGCAUGUAUGCAAACGGUUGAAGUUCUCUAUGAACUCCCAACUCCUGUGAAGGCUUGUUCUGCUUUGAGGCGAGAAGGAAAUUAGUAUGCUUUCCGAACAAAAAAUGUACAAUUUCAAAACCAACACAAAUGGUGCUUCUAUAUAUCAUAUAGCUUUUCAUACUAAGAAACCUCUGUUUCAUAUUCGUAGUGAUAAAAAAAGUGAUAUGAAAUUAAUGAUCAAAAGCCAGCAAUUUAAAUCAGAACACAUAUGUCGUGACAACGAUGUGAUAGGAAACCUUUGCACUUGGGUACAGUGAUAACUACGGGUCGUAGCUUCAACCCCCUUUUUAAUGCCAAAAAGGCUUUGCAGAGGAUAGGAUUCCUUGUACUGGAUUUCCUGUUCCAGUGUCCAAGUUGCAAAAAUGCCUUGUUUUCGAGAACAUCAAGUUGCAAAUUAACUGAAAGAUCCAGCUUUGAUAACUGCAAA